CCCUUAACAAAGCCAAUUCCGCAGAAAAAUCACUGCUCAAAAUUCAGAUUAGCACCUUCAACGGUGUGCUUCUGAUUGAGAGGGCGGCUGCAUGUUUUCAAUGGAGAAACUGAAUAAAACAGUAGCUCUGUUACUAUCUUUGCUAGUAGUGAUAUCAUCAUGGAUAUCAAUCUCAGAAUGCUCGAAGAAGCCAUCUGGAGUGGCAAGAAAAGAGGACAUACCGUACAUUAAAUGUCAGGUCUGCGAGGAAUUGGCUUAUCAGUUAUACCAGCAAGUCCAGGCUAAACAAGCUGAGAUCUCUCCCAAGAAGAUUUCUGAGUAUCAAAUUAUUGAAAUUUCAGAGAAUGUAUGCAAUCUGAAGAAGCACGAAGCUGAUUGGAUCCUUAAAAUUGAUAUUGUGGAAGAAGGGGAUAGGUUGGAGCUUGUUGAACAAGACUCUGAAGGACAGUGCAAUUCAGAAUGUAAAACAAUUGAGCGAGCUUGUCAAGAGGUCAUGGGGUAUUCGGAUACUGAUGUGGCAGAAUACCUGUACAAGAACAAACCUCAGGUUGAUUCUCUAGUGAAAUUUCUUUGUAAGGACCUCACAGGAGCAUGCAGCAAAAAGCCACCAAAAGUUCCUGAGGAUAGGAUUCCAGGAGAGCCUUUUGUUCCCAAGUCCUCCAAGGAGGCUGAAAUGGAGAAGAUACUAAAAUCUAUGGAGGGGAUGCCAGGAGCUCCUGGUAUGAAGAUGUACUCAAAGGAAGAUUUGAUGAAUAUGAAAAACUUCGGUGAUGAUGAUGUAGACGAGGAAGAUGAUGAAGAUGAGGCACAAUUUCCUUCAAAUUUGGGAAAAGUCUUGAGGGAAAAGGAAAACAAGAAGGAUGAUUGGAAACGAAGGAUUACAAAAGGUAUCCUAAAUGCUGGCGAGACAGUCAAGAAUCAUGCAAACAAAGUCUCCCACCGGAUUAGAAAGUGGUGGAAAGCAAAGAAGGCUGUAUUGAACAAGAAGAAUUCAAAUGCCAAGAAGGCAGAGCUCUAGUCCGUAAAACACUUUUUAACAACAGCAAUUCCUAAAGCUUUUUCUUUUAGUCCCUUAACCUUUUCUUCAUUGUAUAAUCUUAAAUUCCCAUACAUGUGUUGCUCCGCAACUAGUAAAUUGCUGUAUUUUUUCCAGCAGUUUUGUUUUGCCUUUUGAAUCAGCAAAGGUUGAGCUCCGUAGCAGGACUUUUAUUGGUGCUCAUUGUGUAUUUUGAACAUCA